UAUGGCAUCUAUAAUUACCAAUAAAGGGUUUAAAGCGUUAUUCGCAUUUAAUAAUUUUUCAAAGAUUAGUCUUUGCAUAAGAUCAGCAGGUUCAAUCCAUUCUGAUCCGGAAGACAAGCGACCAGAGAACCAAGAAAGGGAUCUUGUAAAUUUCCCUCGCCCACAACGGGCUGAAUAUCCAGGAAAAGUGCGUUUGGGAUUUAUUCCUCAGGAGUGGUUUGAUAUAUUGUAUCAUAAAACUGGAAUUACAGGUCCGUACGUUAUCAUGUUUGGAAUUGCUGCAUUUCUAGUCAGCAAAGAACUAUAUGUUUUGGAACAUAAUUUUUUCAAUGGAGUGUCUAUAGCUGCUACAAGUGCAGUUGGGAUGAAAACUAUUGGGCCCCAUAUUGCUGCCCAUGCUGAUAAAAGAAUCGAGCUCAUUGAAAAGCAAUACAAAGAUAUACACAAAGAUGCAAUUAGACAAUAUGAAGAGGCAAUUAUUCUUGAGAAACAUGAACAAUGGAGAGCAGAAGGGCAAUUGCUUUUACUUGAUGCAAAAAGAAAAAGUGUUGCUAUCCAGUUAGAGGCUGAGUAUAGAGAACGUGUGAUGGAUGCAUAUAAUAAGGUGAAGCAGCAUUUGGAUUGGGAACUUGAACAAGAACGAGUGAUACGAGCUUUAGCUCACAAACACAUGGUUCAAUGGGUUCGCAGUGAAGUUGGACACUCAAUUGUCAGUAGUGCCUUUGAGAAACGAUUUAUAAAACAAUGUAUUGAAGAGUUGACAUCAAUAGCACAAACCAAAGAAACAUUUUUGCAAGGAGGUUCUGAAAGUAGCAACUACAAGUUAUAAUGAUCAACGAAGCUUCCUUGAAUUCUUACACAUCAGUACUUAGUCAAAAGCAAAUAAACUUAAAAUUGCAGGUGAUAAUUAUGCUUCUACUUCUGAGAUUUCAUCAUCACACUAACUAAUACAGUUUUCGUGGUAGUUUAUUCAAGCUUUUCAAGAUAUUUUUGUUUUGUACAUUCAACAUCAUAUGCUUGUAUUAAUUUUUCAAUUGAUAAAACCAAUUUCAUUCAAUCAGCAAAAGGUGUUUUAUUUUUUCAUAUGCAUAAAUACUGUACAAAGAAGAAAAAAAUAUGUAUGUAUAAUGCUGAACACUGAAAUCAACAAGCAGUAGCUUCCAGUUGAUUCUUCACAAACUGUUAAACUGUGGGUGGUAAACUUAUGUGAUACCUUAGCUUAAGAAGCUCUAUUGAAAAGUUAUCACAGUCAAUAUUCAAACAUGGUACAGUGAUAAACGGUUAUAAACACAAUAUCUAGAAAUAAAAAUGGUUCACUGGAUGAGAAAAGGACAAUUGCUAUAAUAGUUUGCUAAAGUUCUGAAGAGCAAAAUCAUGUUUAUCUAGUAUUGAAAUGAAGAUUUUGAAAUGUACAAACAUAUUUAAAAACUUAAAUAUGUUAACAUUCUACUUGUUCAUUAAAUUAAGUUCAUAAUAUGCAAGUCAUCUUUUCAACUUAAUCCUAAAUUAUAAACUUUUAUCCAGUAAACAUUGUCAACAACAGUAUUGUUAACCGUCACCAGUUAAGCCAUGGUUUGUAACCUAUAUACAUAAUAAAAUUCAUGCAUACAUUCAGUAUUUUAAACAUAACUCAAACUCUUUGUGUUCAUGGAAAAAUAAUGAACCGACAUUCUGGUAUGAUCAUGAUAAUUAAUGUACCUAUCAAAUAAUUUUUAGAAUUUCUUGAUCAAUAAAAUCACAACAAUACCAUUUUUCUUAUUCUAGAGAAUUAACACAAAUCAAAUGUCUACUUCAAAAUUCCAUCUUUUAAACAUUUCCCAUCUUAAGAAUGAAUUCAUUUUAGUAGUCAUCGUAGUAUUCAUCUCCAUACAUAUCAUCUUCUCGAUGCUGAUUCAACAUCUGGGCAAGGGACAUUUCUGUUUGUUCUUGCUCUUCCACUUCUUCCUCUUCUUCAUAGUCAUCUUCCUCAACUUCACCAGCAAUGCUUUCUUCCAUAGCACAUCCUAAUUGUUGAGGGACCACAUCUGAGUCAGAUAUUGUUUUACCUGAAGAGGAUCCAGACUGGGAUGGUUGGGAUGAUUGAGUUAAUUCAUCAGCUGGUGUUUUGAUGGACAUUUGAGAGAGAUUUGACUUGAGAGAUGACUGAGACAGUUCUGUUUUAAGAGCAGAAUGAGAAAGAAGUGAAAGACCUUCACCUUUCCUCACACGUGAACGUUUUGAAGGUGGUAUACCCCGUGGGGCACGUGGCUCCAAUGACAUAACUCUUUUAUCAUCAGUUGAUUCUUUCUCAAUCUUAGUAUUCUCUGAAUCUUGAGCAGUCAAACUACGUAAAACAUCAUAAUUAAUCUUUUUUGAUAUUUUCUUAGUUUCUAGCAUCUUAGUAAUAGCUUCACCAGGAGUACUAGCAACAGCAUUUUUAUCAGUUUUCCUUUGUGGUCUUUUCUUCUUUUUCUCUGGUUUACCUUGUUCUUUACUCUCUUCUUCUUCUCUUUUCCUUUGUUCUUCCUUCUCCUUCUGCUCCUUAAGAUAUUCAGCAUUCACUUUAUUCCAUAAAGAAUCCUUGUAUCUGGCUUCUGUAUCUGACAUAAUAUAUGAAUCUAUUUCAUCCUCAUCUAAACCAAUGAGAGGAUCAUCAUUAUUUUCAUCUCCUGCCAGCUGUUUUUCUUCAGAACCACCAGACAUUUCUGAAAUAUUGGAGCAUUCAGGAACAUCAAAACUUGGAGUUUCUCCAGGACUCUUUUCCAUUGCUGUUGCCAAUCCCAUGCUGGCUAUGUUGGGUCCCAAACUAACAUCCAUUGAAGAUCUAGAGGCAGUAUCCACAUCAUCAGCAAUAUAAUCAUUAAUAACAUCCAUUGUUGUUUCCAUUAUAAAAUUAUCAGCAUCUCCAUCUUCACAGGGAAAUGCAGAUGCAAGGACUUUACUUUUGCGUUUACUACCACGCUUCUCAAGCACAGUUUCUAUCUCUGCUUGUAAUUCACGGAAUCGUUUUGCAUAACUUUCCUCUUCCAUCAUCUCUUGCAAUCGUUCCUUGUCUUUGCGCCUAGAAGCUUUGAAGGAUGGUGGAUCUUGUUCUUCCUCUAGAUCAACAGUCAUAAACUCAUCUAAUGUUAAACGACUUGAAGGUGUCUCUCCAAAUUCUAUCAAACGCUUUCUUAAAGUUGAUUCAUGAACUUUAACAAUCUUUACAAUGUCACCAGUAGUGCGAUUAAAUUCAUGUACUCGUGCAGCCAUCAACAAAGCAGCUCCACACAAGCCUGAUGGACGUCGACCUGUGUGUAUGUAGUCACGUUUCAUACGUUGCACUAAUCUUAAAGCCGUCAUUGAAACUUCAUGUGUUUUGUCACCAAAAUCAAGGCGGUGAGCAAAUCGCAGAAUGUACAAACACGGGUCCAUUGAUGGAAUGGUAAUACAUAAAGCUUCUGACAAGCGCAGGUAUGUCCGACCAAGUUCAUAUACACAUAUUUGCAACACAUCACUGAAAUCAAUAAGUAAAUGUGGUGUACCUUCAACUCGGCAUGUAAUAUAUAAACAAGCAGCAACAACAUGAGUGCUCUUGCGACCUUUUGUUAAGUUACGAACAAGAGCCAUUUUAUAAAAAUUAUGAGCUGUGUCAAUGCAGUGUUGAGUGAGUCGUAAUUGCUGCGCAACUCCAGUAAUGGCUCUUUUAGCAUUGGCAAGGGUCACCUCACGAGACUCCCGUCCAAGACCAGUAUGGAAACUACUCCCAAAACCACUUGCUCCACCAUGUGAUUCAGAUGAUACAAAAUGUCCAAUAGCAGAAGAACCACCAUGACAGUUUUCUUCAAAUUGUAAUUCAGAAACAAUGGCACUGUCUUCAAGGACAGAGCCACAACUUGUACACACUGUAUCACCACGUGCAGGAUCUACAUCUAUUUCAGUACUUCCACAAUUCUUACAUUUACUUGGCAUUUUAAUUUUUUAAGGGCCUCUUUUGUUUUAUUUUAAACACAAUCCUCUCAGAUUACAAAACUGCAGCUGCUAAUUUACAAUACUCAUUACAAAUAUUUAAACUGGCAAAGAUAUGUAGUUACAUAAAAUACAAAUGUUAACAAAACAGAAGGAAAUGUUCCAUAUCUAACAGUCCCUUUUGAUUGUUUGUAGAAAAAGAGCAACACUGAAAAGUUAUGCUUGCACAAUUAGUUCACUUGCCAUCUCAAACCUGUACUAGAACCACUCAAUUUAGCAGCCUCUUCCUGCCUUCUUUCAAAUUCUUGUUGACGCUGCUGUUGCCUUUUCAAGCGUUCAGGAUCUUGUAUGCCUCUCUUUUCUUGUUCUUUCAAUCGUCUCUCAGCUGCUUCCAUCUGCUGUCUUCGCCUCGUUUCAAUGUCCGGUGUGAUGUCAGUAGACGCAUUUCUACAACACGAAUAACACAAUCCCAUAUUCACAAAUUAUUUCCUUGAAACUACUUUCAACAGCACAUUUCUUCAGAGUUUACAAUUCUGUUUUCAGAACAUCAAGAUACGGAGGUGUAAUCAGAGGUAAAAACUUUAAUAAAGCCUUCUAGUGGAACAAAACGAUCUUCAGUGUCACUUCGCACAAUUUGCGAAACGAAUCACGUCCUCAUUAUCUACAACCAUUCUAUUACACACCGCUCCCGGCUAAGACCCAGCAGCGGCUAUAGCAUUCUGAAUCUGAGGAUCCCUUUUCCCCUCUUCGCCCCGCUUCACCCUUUCCAUUCGCUGUGCUUCGCCCAGCUUCCCCCUCCAAAACCAUUCAAGCACAAUAUAAUUUCAAUCACUACGUGAUACAUACAUUUAUACUUUACAUUGUUAGCGGCGUUUACUGUAUAUGUAAUUUCAUUUGUACCAUUCUCUAAAUGCUUUUAAAAAUUAUUUAUAGCUUUUCAGAUAUUUUUUUUCAAAAAAGUACAGUAAAAAGUCUGAACACUGGUCGAAGUGGUGUGGUUGCCAUCCUUCUACCAUCUUUCCUAGCUGGAAAGGACAGCUGGGGGCGAGCAACUUGGAUAAGUUGCAAGUGGAUUUUUACGAGUUUGGGUGAUCUCUAAUCCUGCAAUGUUUUCAAGGGUGGCAUUUUCUUCAGCUGUGGUACAGCCGUGCAGACAGCUACUAGCUGUACGAUGUGCAGCAACCACGUCUUCUAGCCAUGCUGCUGCCGGUUCUGCUGUUGCCGAAAGUCCCGAACGGGAUCUUACGAAUUUUCCUAGACCAGUCCGAGCAGAAUUGCCUGGAAAAGUUCGUAUGGGUUUUAUUCCUGAUGAAUGGUUUACGUUUUUCUACAAGAAAACGGGAGUUACAGGCCCCUACACGUUUGGUGUGGGAUUGAUGACUUACCUGUUCAGCAAAGAAAUAUAUGUCAUGGAACAUGAGUUUUUCACUGGCAUUUCCCUUGCAAUUGUGGUUGCGUUGCUCAUAAAGAAGGUGGGUCCAGGUAUCGCAACGUUUGCCGAUAAAGAAAUUGAUAAAAUUGAAUCAGGUUUCAAAGAAUCCCGGGAAUCUGUAGUUCGAGCUCAUGAAGAGGCAAUUGCUUCAGAAAAACAGGAGCAGUGGCGAGCUGAAGGUCAGACUCUUCUUUUCCAAGCAAAGCGAGAAAAUGUUGCAGCUCAGUUGGAAGCAGCCUAUCGUGAGCGUUUGAUGACUGUUUAUAAUGAGGUGAAACGUCGACUGGACUACCAGGCUGAACGUGAAAACAUUGAUAGACGUAUUGGCCAGAAGCACAUGGUCUCGUGGAUUGUGAGCAAUGUUCUUAAGUCCAUCACUCCUCAACAAGAGAAGGAGUCUCUCCAGAAAUGUAUAACUGAUUUGAAAUCUUUAGCAAAAGCCUGAGUGUGCAGAGGACCUACAUGUAGUGUGCUGUAAAUAAUUUAAUUUGAAGAAAAUCUGCCAUAUUAUGGACUGAGGUCUGUUACUGUCGAGGGCUAUUAAGAGAACAUAGGGAAUAUCCUGUAAGCCUAUUGGACAUUAAAACCUCUGGUUAAAUAAUGUAUCCUUUUUCUCAUCCUUUCCUAAGUUUUUCAAUGUACUGGAUUUUAAGAACCCAUUUUGGCUAAUGAGAUGCUCAGUUUAGUUAUAGUUCAUAGAUGAGUUAAUUUAGAAGUAUAUUUUUUUAUGUCAUUAAAUAAAUGCCAAAAUCCAUUUAAAAAAAUCAAUGUUGGCUGCCCUUAAACUUUAAAAUGAAUAUUUGGCUGUAGGCAUCACAUUAUUUGGUAAUGAUGGUACGUCUUAUCUUUGACAUCUCUUGUGAACAGGAGCAAAUCCAGCUGAUCAUUUUGGGUGGGGUUUGAUAGAUCUUCGUUAAAUAAUAAACAUAUUUGUUAUUGUAUAUUAUUUAUAUACUGUAGAUAUGGUACUAUACCGUGUUAUUAAUUAAAUAAUUCAUAACAUAAUUCAAUUAUAAAUUAAUAUUUAAAUCAAUUUUGCCAAAUUAAGAUAGGUAAUCGAUAACUAAAGGCCGGAGGGGCUUGGCCCCAAUGCUGCAUUGGUCCCCCCCCCCAAGGAUUUGCCAAUGCUUCUGAAAAAGCAGGCAAAUCAAAGAGGUUGGGAGGGAGAGACCUGAUCCUACCAGGAUACAAUGGGCAGGUCGCUUAAUACUAUAGCACUACAAAGUGCAUAGUCUGAUUAACAAAAUUUUGCAAGUGACACUACUGAGUAGGACUUGUUUAUAUAUGGUAAUUUUUGUUUAUUUCUUCUGCAAACAUGAAAUUCACUGAUUGUUGCACAUUUUGAAUAUUAUUUGUUGAUUUAUGUGCAAGUAAUAUUUUAGUCUUUAAUCUUAUUCUGCUAUUUUUACACUAUUAAUAUUUUUAUGUAUCUGCUUUUCAAAUUAUUCAAUUAGAUAAGAGAAGUUAUUACUUUGGAGGGUUAAAUAAAGUUUGUGUACAUUAAAUAUUUGAAAAUUGAUAUAAGUUGAUAUUCUCAAUACACGAGUAGAG